AUGGCCUCCAGGCUUACGCAAGGCGAGAUCGACAACAAAGUCAUGAGAAUGAUGACCAGGGCUUUCGUGCUGGCCAACUACCAUCUGAGCGGACAUGACCAACAAUAUGCCCGCGAGCUCUACGGCGCCAUGGCCUCCGCAUAUCGCUACGGCCCUAUGAUCAACAGGCAGAUCACGGCGUGCCUCAUCUGCACCAGCUCGGACACCUUUCAAGCCACGGCCACGGCCAUCGACAUGCUCCUCUGCGCCGUCCUUCGAGCCCCGGCCGGCGAACCCCCCUACAUGAUAGUCAACGCCACCACCCCGCCCACCAUGCCCACCGUCGCAUGCUUCCUCGUCAUGCUCGACGACGCGCGCAUGCAGGCCACAUACGAGCACAUCACCAGCCUCGCGGCCCCCAACGCCCGCUACAGCGUCCCCACGCCCUUCUACACCACCCCUUUCGUCGCCGGAGCCGCUACUUCCGCAUGGGCGACCCCAACGCAAGCUACAACUACGACCGCGACGGCGACAGCAGCUUCAGCUGCUUCGACCAGCACCAGCGCCUGGCGCACCAUGGAGGAGGACAAUUGGACCGACGCGGGCACCAUGGCCGUUCUCAACCGCGUCUGGGGCUACUGGAUCGCCCGCCUCGGCUACCCCACCCAGGAGUAA